UCGAAAGCAAGCAAGAGGGAGCAACAAACAAAUUCCAAUCGGAAGCAAGCAAAAUGGAUUGAUGAUCGAAAGAAACCAAGUCGUAGGUUCGUUCUAGCUACGAGCGGUAAGCUAGAAACCAAGAGGAAAAGAGAACCAAAGGAAACCAAGCCAACCAAGAGGAAGAAAGGAGGCCAAAUGAACUUGCUAAGGAAAGGAAAGACUAUGGAAGAUUCAACCAACGAGCCCUUCAACAAGAUGAUGACAAAACAAGAGACAGGAAAGAAGA